UGUAAACUACAGUAUGUCAUACAACAUGAACACUAAAUUUGAUCAUGAAUUAAAAAUUAGGUAACGCAAUUAAUAACUUUAUGAAACAAGUGUCUUUUUUUUUAAUCUUGCCAAUAUUUUUAAAAUGUUUAUUAGUCUACUGCAUUCAGUGAUUAAUAACAAAAUUUUAAUUUUGUCCACCCCUACUAUAGUAUGCUAUAAUUUGUUUUAUUUAAACCCUGAUUUACAAUCAAAUGUUUUUUUUAAUUAAAAAAAAAAUUCUACAUGGGAACAGGCUCUGUGCAGUAGUCCAGUAUGUGCAGUGGGUAAGUAGUAGCUGGUUCAGUCAGUCCUCAAAAUGGCAAGGAUUAACUCUUUUAGACACAGCAUUAGUGUGUCUGUUCUAAUUGUGGAUGCCUGUUGGGACUAAAAGUCAGGUCAGAAUGGAAUACUGCCAUAACAGAGAAAAGUCAUUUUAAUUUGUUGUUUUUAAAAGUAUGUUCAAAGGGGAAGUUCAGAAUUUUUGACACUAGGCUUAAUCUUCCAAGUUAGCGGGGGUUUAAUUAGUGUGUGAAGUUGAUUUCAACAAAUUCCGUAGCAUUCAAAUAAACAAAUUAAAUUAACAGAUCUAAUAUAGCCAAAUAAAUUCAAAAUGCAGCUCAUUGUUUAAAACACCCAUGCAGCCAAAACAAUGCCACACCAAACUGUCAUAAUUCAUUUUUAUUCUGCUUGACAAUUUUUUUUUUUUAGAUGCGUAAUGCAAUCACAACAGAGAAAAGUGCUUCGGCCACUCAUGCUCAGUCUGCUGGGGUGUCCCUUUCGUUCCCACACACACACACACACAAAAAAAAUUCAGCGGUGAAAAAAACAAUGUGAUAUCACUCCGCUCUGCUUGCCUAGACAGCCUGUUCCCUGCAGAGCCGCUGGAUUACAAAUGCUGGUGUUCAUACUACAAUUAUUGACAUGCAAUGAGGAAGAAAAAGAGAAAAUGGCAGCCACAGUGGCGGUACCCGUCGCCCACGCAGACCAUGAGUCCGACCGCUGUGCGAGCGAGGAGGAGUGCCGUGGUGCCGAUGCGCUAGAUGAAGGCGUUCAGCAGCAGGCGACGGGCCCCACGGCCGCAGUGGGCCACAACCGGCUGUCCAAGCUACCGCUGACCCGCAUUAAGGCCUUGAUGAAGACCGACCCAGACGUGUCCCUCGCCAGCCAGGAGUCUGUCUUCAUCAUCGCAAAAGCCACGGAGCUGUUUGUUGAGAUGAUCGCCAAAGAUGCUUUGGUAUAUGCUCAGCAAGGCAAGAGAAAAACAUUGCAAAGAAAAGACCUGGACAAUGCGAUCGAGGCCAUAGAUGAAUUUGCAUUUCUGGAAGGCACAUUAGAUUAAAUGGUGUCUGCGGAGAUGAGAGCAGAAAGAUGACACCAUCCAAUCAACUUUUUUUAAGAUGGUGUGAGAAAUCUUUUUUCAGACUUUGGAUAUUUUCCUCUGAUUUUCUAAACACUGUUUUUGAUGGAGGUGUGUCAUAUUUACAUUUGAAACGUGUGGCAAUUAUGAGUGUACAUUUUUUUGUAAAUAUUGGUGAAAUGUUUUCUUUCAUUGAAUAAAUGUAAAAUCCAGA